UGCACUUUUAAGUCUAUGUGAUGAUGGGGUAGAUUUUGGUGGAAAUUGUUCGGUUCUAUCUUGUAAAGAAAAUCUGACAUGUAAAAAAGAUCUCAUUACUGGCAUACCUACAUGUACUACAGAAUAA